AUGACACUCGCUAAUAGAGGACGCUCAUUUUUACGUGCCCUAAAAAAUAAUGUAUGGCUUCAUGUUCGGCAGAGAAAUAGGCCUCUAGAACUAUUCAAACCAAUCUCAUCAAACCCGGAUGUUGUUCCGGUUUGUUCUCAAGGUCCGAGUGGGUUACUAGUUCUGAAUCACAGUACUGGACCACCUACGCUUCCUGGAUCUCGUCCCGGUCCCGCUCCUUCAGCUCUUGGUUCUUCCAAUUUCGUUCAUGGAACUAAUCUUCCCUCUGCUUCUUCCCCUAUUAAUCCAGCUGUCAGGUUGUGGAUCACUAACUGGUGGAGAAAUUUGAGGGGCGUUUUAGGUAUCAACCAGGUUGUUAGAGCUGUUCUUGAAAGCCGUUCAGACAAGACAAAGGUGCAUCUCAUCUAUGCUAAUGUCAUGGGGAAAGUUGGACCUAGCGGCCAUCUAUCUGCGAUUGAAACUGGGACGAAGUUUUACAUAUCAAACCUUGAUUACAGUGUCUCAAAUGCCGAUAUUAAGGAGCUUUUUGCAGAAGUUGGUGACCUGAAAAAGUAUUCUAUACAUUAUGACAGAAGUGGGAGAUCAAAGGGGAUGGCUAUGAUAUUGUAUUCAAGCAGGCAAGAUGCAUUAGCGACUGUCAAAAGGUAUAACAAUGUCCAACUUGAUGGGAAGCCAAUGAAUAUAAAGAUCGUGGGAUUAAACAUUGUGACUCCUGUUGCUGGUUUUUCAUUUCCAAAUAACUCUUUUGGAAACAUGAAUGGUUUUCCAAGAAGGUGCAAUAUUUUAAAGCGUGUUCCCAAUAGUUCCCUUUGGCUUCUCAGGUUCCCAACUGCUAGUGAAAUGAGACUUCGUGCCUAUGUUGUUGCACAGGGUGUGCAACCAGACCAUAGUAUUUUCACGGAUGUUGCUAUGAAGAACCAACACAUCAGACGCAAUUCUUUGGCAGAUCUUUGCCUUGAUACGUAA